CCACUCCGCCAAAAGCGCGCCUCGUACGUUACGCACCCCCUCCCUCGUCACUCACCCGCCACAACCGCUCGCCGUCCGUCCGUCCCGUCCACCGCCGUCUCACCCACCAGCUCAGCUCAACAGCAGUGCACUCCCCCCACCCCGCCGCUCCUCUGCCCGGCCGUGCCGUUUGACCUCGCGCCCGUCCCGUCGCUCUCCAUGGUCCAUGCUCCCUGCUCUGCCCUGACGCGCGCUGCACUGCACCGCACGUAGCCCUGCUGCCUGCCCGCCGAGGACGGCGACCUUCCCUUGCCCCGCCUCUCCGGCUCGCCCCGCAGUUACUCGCUUGUCCGGCGGAGAAAAGUUCUCUCCCCAGCCCUCGCCCAUCCCCUGCUCGAUAAAAGUUCGCAAUGGCAAUGCGGCUCCAUGCCCGCCAUUAAUGCCCUCCCUUCCUUCCUCGGCAGCUUCCCGGUCAGAGAUUCCUCCUCCGUCUCGCUACCGCUGUUGCCAUUCUCGUGCCUGCUCCGCCUCGCGUCCCCUGCUCGAUCUGCUCUGCUUCCGUCCCGCUGGGAGCUUUUCCCUGGGCUUGGACCCAUCUGCUUGUCCUCGUGUUCCCCUGCCCGCCCACGCCCUCGCACCCGCAGCCUGUCCAAAAAGUUUCAAUCUUGGAGCCACCCUCUUAUUGUUAUCUCCCCUACUCCUCCCCCUCCCCCUCCCUCUCUCUCAUCCGGCCGCCCUUCCCUCUCGUUUGCUUGGCCCUUGCUGUCCUCCGCAAGCGCGGCUCCAAUAAAAGCUUCUGCGUCGCAGCCAUCCCCACUUCAGUCGCCCACCCCCCCGUGUGGCAAACGGGAUUGAAUUUUGGCCGGAGCCUUUCAGGUCCUGGAGGCGCGCGCCGGGUGAUUCCUCCAUUCCCGAAAGCUUCCGUCGUCUCGGAGGUGUGCGUUUCGGCGGGGGCGAUGGAGGGCCAGGGGAGGCGGCCGCGGAGCCCGGAGCGGCAGAGGCCGCCGGCGAGGAAGGUGCCGGUGGUGUACUACCUCACGCGGAGCCGCCACCUCGAGCACCCGCACUUCGUCGAGGUCCCGGCGCCCUCCUCCUCCGAGGGGCUCUACCUCAGAGAUGUGAUUCGUCACCUCAACAUGGUGCGCGGCAAGGGCAUGGCCUCCAUGUACUCCUGGUCCUGCAAGAGGAGCUACAAGAACGGAUUCGUGUGGCACGAUCUCGCAGAGGACGACCUCGUCCUCCCGGCCACCGACGGCGAGUAUGUGCUCAAGGGCUCCGAGAUCCUGGACCAACCUUCUUCAGGUCAAUUUCACCAUGGUAGUAAUGGCAAUCAGAAGCAGCAGAGCAGGCAGAAAGAGGGUAGUACAAGGUUGCCCUUGUCAAGGGAGGCUUCCUUCUCCUCCUCCCCACCCAGUGUGACAGUUAGAGAAGCCAAGCCUCGGCGCGUGCCUUCGGUGCCUUCGCGGGAUGAGGACGACUCCCCCUCGCCGUGCCGGGGUACCUCCUCGGAGACAAUGUCGCCGGAGUCGGAGCCUCAGAGGACUGUCAUGUCACGGCCGACGCCGGCAGAAUUCAGGGUUUUCAAGCCCACCGGUUUGAUGGAUGCCGCAACUCAAACCGAUGACCUCGGGAGAAGAUCAGCUCGGAGAGUACCUGAGAUGCAUAAGAAGAGUCUGAGCACUGAUCAUGACGCUGUCGUUCGUGAUGUCACCGAGUACCGGCAGCAGAGCCAUCCGCGCCGGUCGGCCAAGCUCCAGGGGAUCUCCAGGGAUGUCAUGUCCCACUGUGCCACCCCAUUGAGCAUGGCCUCAACCCAUGGCAAGUCCGAGAGCUUAGAGUCGUUGAUACGUGCCGACAACGCGUCAGCUAACAGCUUCAGGAUCCUUGAAGAGGACGACAUUGUCGUGCCGACCUGCCCGAAGCUGAGGCCGGCGAAUGUGCUGAUGCAGCUCAUCACCUGUGGUUCACUUUCAGUCAAGGAUCAUGACAACAUUGGGCUUGUUGGGGCUUACAAGCCAAGGUUCCCAAACCUCAAGUUCCCAUCGCCGCUGAUUUCUCGCUCCAUGAUGAUGGGUGAGCUCGAUUACCUAUCAGAGAACCCCAGAUUCAUUGGGACACGGAUUGAAGAUAAGGAGUAUUUUAGUGGGAGCAUCAUCGAGACCAAGACGCAGAGAGAUGUUCCCGUUGAGAGGCACUCGGCGCUUAAAAGGUCUUCUUCUUACAAUGCAGAAAGGGGUGGCGAGAACCUCUGCAACUGCACGGGACCCGACGAAGAAGAGAUGGUACCGCGCUCGAGGUGCCUGCCCCGGACGCCGAUACUGUCAUCCUUGCUGCACCCGAAGAGCGAGACACAGAAGUCCCCGGUGUCGGACUGCAGGAGGAGCUCCUCGGCGGGGACGGACUCGAUAGACGGCGGGAGCAAGCGGUUCACCGACGCUUCGUCGAGGGUAGAGUCCUUCAGGAAGGAGAACAAGGAGAAGCUCGUCAAGAUCGAGGAAAGUUAAGUGCUCCAACUUUUUGUCACUGCACUGGGCUGUCGUCGGGAGCUCGCGUCGUGAUCCAGUGCACGGUGCCCUGCGACGACGGCGACGAAGAUGCAUUCUGAAGCCUCCUGGACUUUCAGCUGACCUGGCCAUGUGACGUGGCGUUCUCUUUGCUUCUUUAGAUGAUGGUGAAUGAGUUGCUGACGAGUUUGUGUUUUCUUUCUUGAGAUGUGUAGUAUGUUAGCUUUGUUCUUCAGGCGUUCGGUCUAUUCAGCGUGAUGUAUUUUUAAUGUUGUUUUAUCUAGUUCAAAUUUUGUCCUCGUUAUCAGUUGUAACUUGUAAGUGCAUGUUUCUUUAGGAAUGUCAUCAUCGCUAGCUUUGUUAAUAAACAAAUAAUUCCUCUGUAACUUAA